CCAGCACAGCACUACAACUACAACUACAACUAUACUUUGCAUCAAAGUUCUAGUUCGGAAUAACGAUUUUCGUUUUUCUAAAUUUUCCACAUUUUUCGACACAAUUUUGGGUCUUUGUGCCAACCAUCGUACUAUCCAAGCUACUUUCCCAUUUCUUUCUUCAAGAACAUCUUCCAUUUCCCUUCACCAUCCUCAAUACCGGAAAAUGACGAUUGAUAUCAAUCUCUUGCGUGAGAACAAGGGUGGCGAUCCAGAGAAGGUGCGGGAAUCUGAGAGGAGGCGUUUCCGAGACCCGGCAAUCGUAGACAAAGUGAUCGCCUUGGAUAAGGCUUGGGUCGCGAAGCAAUAUGAUAUGGAACAGAAAAAAAAAGAGGUAAGUAGUAGAGAUUCAAGUAAGUACUUAGUUGUGACAACUGUGAUGAAAGCAGAUCUUCCGAAGUUUGAAAGAUACAAUUUGAAUUUUUGCAAUAAGUUCUGAACGCUAAGUAACGUCCAUAAUUCUUCUUGGAUUUCCGUCUGCUACUCGCUAGAAUUACAAACUAUCCUAUGACUUAGUCAGCACUUCUUCUCCUCCCUCCCCCAAUACAGGUAAACGCAGUCCAAAAGAGGAUCAAGGACAAAAAGACCGCUAGCAAAGGGCAGGAUCCCUGCACAGAGGAGGUUGCCGAAAAGGAGAAGAUUGAGUCUGCGGUCAAAGGUUUGGAAGAAGACGCAAAAAACCUCCUGGUGGAGAGGGAUGACGUCCUGGGGAAGAUUGGUAAGCGAAGGAGUCUGUAAUCCUAGAAGUAGAUGUAGUAGAGGUGGUCAAUCGCAAAUACUAGACCUUCUGCUUUAGAUUUUGCAUCUCCUGCACUUGUUCUGUUAUCAAUAGCAAAUACUAGAACUUCUGCUUUAGAUUUUGCAUCUCUUGCUCAACCAUGUGAGAGGAAACAAAAAAUACUAGGUAACAUCCUCGACGACUCUGUGCCAGUGUCCAAGGACGAAGACAAAGACAAUGAAAUCGUCGCUACAUGGGGCGUCCCACCGAACUUCGGAGUGCCGUACUUAAGCCUUCACGAUCAUGAUGACAAAUAGUUACUUUAGGGUCUACUUCUUGGUUACUUUAGGGUCAUCAGCUUCAGAUCAUACCAUAGCAAACUUGUCAUUGUACUUGAUACUGUUACUAACUUCUGGAACAAGCUGAUGGAAAAAACAGAUGAAACUACAGAUUUUCCGAAACAAUAGUACCAUCGAUCAUUUAAAGCUUUUUAGUGUAAGUACUAACAAGUAACAACUAAGGAUGUUAAACUUCUCCUGACUACUUCCACCCUACUGGUGCUCUCCAACCGACCAACCACUACCAACACGACCAACCACUACCAACACGACCAACCACUACCAACACGACCACCCAACCAACCAAAACCAUCAAAAAACAGAUACCAGACUGACGGCUUCCGACCUCAUUUUGAAUUGAUUGAGAUGAUCGGUGGCAUCAACUUUGAAGCUGGACGCGACGUUUUCGGUUCUCGAGGAUACUUCUUGACUGGGCCAGCGGUCCUCUUAAACCAGGCUCUAAUCAACUACGGAAUCGCGUUUUUGAUGAGAGAAGGUAAUACUUAUACUUUUAAAAGUGAUUUUUUAGUGGGAGGUGGAUGCUGUAUGAUUGCAACGUCAUGUAUGAAAAUUCCUCUAUAAGCAGCUUCUCCUAACACUUCUGCUCUUUCCAUUAAACUAAAACCUUUCCUACUUGUGCUACCACUACUUCAUCUUCAACACACAGUUGAUGACAACACCACUACUCGUGCAACACUCUACCACUACUUCAUCUUCGUUAUACAGGUUACAUGCCGAUCCAGCCUCCUUUCAUGAUGAAGCAGAGCGUCAUGGCCCAAGCCGCCGAACUGAAGGACUACGAUGAUGUCCUGUACAAGGUGACUGAAGGGCCAGACCACCCAGACCUCGACCGGUACUUGAUCGCCACCAGUGAACAGCCUAUCACAGCUCUGUACCGCAGUAAAGUCAUCGACAAGCACACUCUGCCCAUCCGAUUUGGCGGCAUCUCGUCUUGUUUCCGUAAGGAAGCGGGGUCCAGCGGUCGGGAUAUUCGCGGAAUCUUUAGAUGCCAUCAAUUCGAGAAGGUCGAACAAUUCUGCAUCGUUGACGAAGAAAAGUCCAAAGCAGAGCACGAAAAGAUCAGGGAAACGUCAGAACGCUUCUACCAGAGCUUGGAAUUCCCAUAUCGAGUCGUCAACAUCGUCUCGGGAGAAAUCAACGACGCGGCGAGCAAGAAGUACUUGUUUUUAUGUGUAGUUGUUGGAUUUCAGAUUUUAUUUUUAAGCUCAACUUUCUAUCUUACUAGAAUCAAAUCAAAAGCUUGGCUAAAAAGAAAAACCGACCUGCUCCACGAGGAUCCUCUACCAGUGAGAAGUAGUCUCACUCCCCACAACCCACAACUGCAAAUAGGUACGACCUCGAGGCUUGGUUUCCAGGUGACGAUGAUGGCAAGGGAAAGUACAGAGAGUUGGUCUCUGCUUCCAACUGCCUUGACUUUCAGUCUAGACGGAUGGACACACGUGCUGGCCACGGAACUGACCAACAAUUUCCUCAUAUGCUUAACUCUACUCUUGUGGCGACUCAGCGAUGCAUGUGCUGCCUAUUGGAGAACUACCAGACCAAAGAAGGUAUUUUUUAUUCUAUUUGAAUUUGAUGCUAUUCUUGGAGCUGACACUAAUAUCUUCGAUUGGUGACUCAUGAUCUACUUCUACUUGUUGCUGUAAGGUACUGGAAUCGUUCUUCAAGAAAUAACAUCAUGAAAUAAAACAUACUACCCGUCAAACCACCUGAAACCACCUGAAACCCCCACCUCCAACGACCUUGAGGUAUCCGCGUUCCCCGUGUGUUGGUCCCCUUUAUGGCAGGAAUGGAGUUCAUUCCUUUCGUGAAGCCACCACCCAAGGACGAGGAAAAAGAAAAGGCCAAGAAGAAGAAGUAAAUGUUUUCUUCUGCUUGUGACGUUCAAUAUUGGAGCCGUAUUGCUGAUCAGGACGUAGCUGCGGAGAAGCUGCCAUGAGUGCGGAUUUCAAUAUCAUACAUCUUCAGAAUGAGGGGAAGGGCGGUUCUUUGUUUUACCAUCCCGGUGGAACGAGGAGAUGGUCGCCACACUACACUAAGAACAUGUUGAUAUCCCAAACAUCAUGUUCCUCGAGGAUUCACAUGCAUGUGUUUCUGCUGCGUAAGCAGAGAACAACAAGGUCCCGCGACGGCGAAUCGGACCUCAGGUUUGAAAAACCAAUAAUGUCAUGGUUACUCUCAUACCAAGUACUAUUUUGCGCACAUCAUUUAAGUAAUAAUCUUCACAUCAAGUACAAUCUAUUAAUAGACGCUGGACGACAAUGAAGUAUCUAGACGCACGAUAUCCAUCAUCAUCUAACGAAACAGCGCUGCAUCUCGGAAUACGCAAAAAUGUAGAUGUAGUAGUUGCACAUGAUGAAUAUGAACUUCUGCCCUUUUUUUUGUCAGCAACAGCAAAGACGAGAAAAGAUAAGAAACGACAGCAUCAGCUUCUCGUUGCUAGAUAAGAAACGACAGCUCUUCAGGAGUUCGUUUUUAAAUUUGAAGAUGAGGUUCUUUCUGACUGAAACUAAACGAUCAAGAUAUAAAAGCGCU